CGUGUGUACGAACGAGAUUUAUAUUUUAAACACUUCAAAAAUGUUUCGAAUUUUAUUAAUUUUGUCAACGAUCGUUUUUUCCCUUACGAUUGGUGAUGACGCUAAUUUAAAUCGAACGGAUUUGAAAUGCAGUGGACGUGUUUAUUACAAUGUUACAUUGACCGCAUAUUAUCCUGAAUAUUUGAGCGACAAUGAAAUUGAUUAUUUGGAUAUCAGAGGAAAGAAAUUAAAAACACUUCAGGAUUACAUAGAUGGACGUGAGACUUAUGUUACAGCAAGUAUGGAUUUAUUAGGUACCAAUCUUAAAUAUGGUUCUCAUUUGUGUAUACCUGAAUUAAACGAACACUUUGGUAGGCGCAUUCCUUUACAGGCACGUGACUAUGAUAGCAACAUGAGUGGUAAAAAAUUUUCUAGAAUUGACAUUUGUGUUAGAACUGAUGUUGACAGUUAUGAUCAAGCUGUAAAUCGUCUUGUCACUUUAUACAUAUGAUUAUACUAAUUACAACAACAACAACAACAACAAAAAUGAUAAACAAUUCAAUGAAAUGAAAUUAAUAUUAACAUAUU